AACCAGGCCUCGGAGACGCGAUUGCGGGAAAUCGGGGUCUCUGGCUACACCCUGGGUACGUUUCCCACGCUCCUUGCUCCCGACACCAUGUCGGUGCGCACGCUUCCGCUGCUCUUCUUGAACUUGGGCGGGGAGAUGCUUUAUAUCUUGGAUCAGCGACUGCGGGCUCAGAACAUCCCCGGAGACAAGGCCCGCAAAGAUGAAUGGACAGAGGUGGACAGAAAACGAGUUCUGAAUGACAUCAUCUCCACCAUGUUCAAUCGGAAGUUUAUGGAGGAAUUAUUUAAGCCCCAGGAGCUGUACUCUAAGAAGGCCCUAAGGACUGUCUACGACCGCCUGGCCCAUUCCUCCAUUAUGAGACUGAACCAGGCCAGUAUGGACAAGCUCUACGACCUGAUGACCAUGGCCUUCAAACACCAAGUAUUGCUGUGUCCCCGGCCCAAGGAUGUGCUGUUGAUCACUUUCAAUCACUUGGAUGCCAUCAAGGGAUUCGUGCGGGACUCGCCGACCAUCGUGCAUCAAGUGGACGAGACUUUUCGGCAGCUGAUGGAUAUAUAUGGGGGUCUCUCUGCCGGGGAAUUCCAGCUGAUCCGGCAGACGCUGCUCAUCUUCUUCCAGGACCUGCACAUCCGGGUGUCCAUAUUCCUCAAAGACAAAGUUCAGAAUUCCAAUGGGCGCUUUGUGCUGCCAGUGUCCGGACCCGUGCCCUGGGGGACGGAAGUUCCUGGACUCAUCAGAAUGUUCAACAGCAAAGGCCAGGAGGUGAAGAAGGUAGAAUUCAAGCACGGUGGAAGCUACGUCACAGCCUUGAAAGAAGGUUCUUUGGAACUCUCUGGAGACCGAGUUCUGAAGCUGGGAACGAAUAUGUACAGUGCGAGUCGGCCCGUGGAAACCCACAUAUCGGGGGCGUCACAGAGCGUGGCUGCGCGGACACAGGAGAGCAUUGUUCCCAACCCUCUUGCCAAAGAAGAGCUGAACUUCUUAGCCAGGCUGAUGGGAGGAAUGGAGAUUAAGAAAUCCGGUGGCCCCGAGCCAGGAUUCCGGCUGAAUCUCUUUACCACGGAUGAAGAGGAGGAGCACGCUGCUCUGACCAGGCCCGAGGAGUUGUCCUAUGAAGUCAUCAACAUUCAGGCCAUCCAGGACCAGCAAAGGAACCAAGAGCUGGCGCGGAUCAUGGGGGCAUUUGAGCCCACAGAGCAGCAGAGACAGAGUGCCAGCAAGGGGGACGACCUGCUCGCCAUGAUGGAUGAGUUAUAGCAGUGCCCCCGCGAGAGGCUGCCAGAAGCAGAGCCCCAGGGGAGGCCCGGGGUUCGGAGUGCUGCCACUAGCUUUUCUAAGCACGAAGCCGUGCCCUGCCGUCGGAACCGUCUCUUCUGUCAGAACUGUGGGAGACCUCGGGAGCACGCACUUUCUCCAAAAUA